AUGGUGCCCAAGUACAACGGCAAAGGUAUCAAGGGUGGCAAAGUAUUGGAACCAAAGGUCGGGAUAUAUGAGAACGUUAUGACCCUGGACUUUGCCAAUGGACAAGAAGACGAAGACGAAGAUGAGGUACUAGUGGUUGACUCGAUGUGUACGGACCCCGAUUUCGACUUUGACGUUCAGAGCUCCAAGUUGAGGGUAAAGUACUUUGACUAUGAUUCAGAGGCCGAUAUGGUUGUGGGAUACCUUAAUAGCCUUAACCAGUGCGAGACACGUGUACGUCUGGGAUAUAAUUCGCAGAACUUUGAUUGGGUAUGGAUGUCCCGGGCCCUGAAUGACAAGGAGGACCUGUUGAAGAAGUACUAUAGUCGUAACUGGUACUACGAUAAUGAGUUUGGGGAGAUCCGUCUUCGAUCAGUGGGCCAUUUCGACGUGUACAAGUUGGACACCGAGCGUUUGACUAACUUGCCCGACGACAAGCUGAACACGGCCAAGCACCUGAAUCUUGGGGGUAAGUUUGAUAUGACAUAUUCGGAGACGUACCGUGCCAACUUUUUGAAGGCCACGGAUCCUGACUUGUAUUGGAAAACGACCGAGUACUGUAUGCAAGACGCCAGUUGGUGGUCCGAAUUGCUACAGACCAGCAUUACAUAA